AUGUGUUUUAAACAAAACACAAACUUUAAUUUAAUAAAGUUUUUAACAGAAGAGACAAAAGAACAACAACAAAAACAACAACUUUCCCAAACAUCCCUCCCAACUUUUCCAACUUGUUUUGCUUCAACAACAACAAAAACAAAUUUAAACUUAUUUAAAAAUUUUAAAUUAAAUGUUUUACUUAAAAAAAGAAAUUUAAAAUUAAAAAGAAUGACAGAAAUUAAUUUAAAAGAUUCUCAACAACAACAGGAAUGUUUGGCUUUUGAACCUCAAAAUUAUCUUAAGGAUAGAUGCAAAAAAUGUUUUAGACUAAAGGAUAAACACGAAAGUAAUUUGCCCAUUCGAAAGCCUACACUAGAAAGGAAAACAUCUUCAAGCAGUACAAGCAAAAAUGCUUCAGAUGCAGCUAAUGUUAAAACAACAAAAUUGGCAAAAACAAAGAGUAGCAACGCUAUAAAUUUGAACAAUUCUGCUUCUGCUUCCAAAAAUAAUUCUGCUUCUGCUUCUAAAAAUAAUUUUGUUUCUGCUUCAAAAAUUAAUUCUGCUUCAACUAAUUCUGUUAGCAAUUCAUUAUCAACAAAAAAGCACUCCCCUCCAACUAACAACAAAUCUUCACCCAAAAAAGUGUUAGCAACAAACAUUGCUAACAAUAAAAACAAUAUUCCUGUGCCUACAAAUGUUGCUACAACUUUUCGAAGAAUUCCAAUUCAACGAAGUUCUUCAGGUUUGGAAGAAGAAACAACAGAAAAACAAACAAAAUUAAUUAAAAAUAAAAAUAAUUCUGAUAAAAAUUCUGAUAAAAAUUCUGAUAUUAAAAAUCAGAAUUCUGGUAGCAAUUCUAUUGAUGAAAAAGUGAAGCAGAAGCCUAUAGUAACUAAGCAAAAAGAGGAAAACAAUAAGCAACAAAAAGAAUUAAAAGAAGCCUCAAAUGAAGUUGAAAUAAAUGAAGUCCUUCAAACUAAAAGUGACGAAAAUAAUGAAUUGGAGGUUAUCCUUUUUAAAUGA